AUGUCAGGCCCCCCAACGAUUCUCUCUCUCCUUGUAGACUCAAAGAAGCAUGCAGUUAAUCAUGCUGAACAAGCUACACGGGCUCGUGCCUCUAUAGCCACCAUCAAAGGUUCUGCUUUCCAUACGUCAUCUCCAAAGCACACAUGGAUUAUUGACUUGAGUGCUAUGGAUGACAUGACAUUUUAUCCUGACCAACUUAUUACUCAUAAACCCUCCACGCAAUCAGUGGUGUUUAAUGCUAAUGGUACCCCCUCCCUUGUGGUUGGAGACGGCUCUCUAUCUCUCUAUAACUUCAUCAAUCUUGAUUCUGUAUUGGUUGUUCCAUCUUUGGACCAUAACUUGUUGUCUGUUGCACAACUUACUACUAGUUUGGGGUGUCGUGUAAUAUUUUUGCCUAAUCAUUGUAUUUUUUAUGACAUCCUCAUCAUGAAGAUGAUUGGUUGUGGUACUAGGCAAGGCAAACUUUACUACUUAGACUAG